UAUACUUUUGUGAAUAUCAUGAAGUAGGCUGUGUUUAAUUCCUCUGCCAAUUUAUCUUUUUCCAUAUUCUAUUUCAUCAUUAAAUUCUAAAUUUACUUUUUCUUUUCACUAUGCUCAGAACCAAGAACUACAAAAUCUGCAUCAAGGGCGUUACUUUUCGUUCAUAUGCCGGUUGCAAAAAUGGCAAAGGUGGUAAGGGUGGCAAGGGCGGCAAGGGCGGCUUAAAGGCCAAGUUGGCAAAGAAAAUUCCUAUGGAACGGGAAAAGUUUUUGGGUAUCAGGUGUCUGCACGGCAAAAAGAUUAUUGGCCAGAUAAGUGUUAAUAGCGUGAUAGGAGGAAUGCGAGGACUUCCGCUUCUGUUUUGCGAGACUUCCAGCCUGGACAAAAACAAGGGUAUUUAUUACCGCGGAAAACUGCUUAAGGAUGUGUGUGCCAAGCUGCCGCGGGUGCAAGAGGGCACCAAUGAAGGCACUCCCGAGGGAUGCUUCUAUCUGCUGGUCAGCGGAUUGAUGCCCACGAAGAAGGAUGCCAAGGAAAUCACCAAGGAGUGGCUGAAGCGUGGCUCAGUUCCGCGCUAUUGCCUCCGGUUGAUUGACUCCAUGGACAAGCGGGUGCAUCCGAUGGCCCAGUUGUGCGCCGCCAGCGCCUGUCUCAAUCCGCAGAGCAAGUUCGUCGAGGCUUACACCAAAGGGGCCAAACGUGCAGACUACUGGAAAUACACCUACGAGGAUGCCAUGAACCUGAUCGCCAUGCUGCCCACCGUGGCGGCUGCCAUCUAUAAUAACGUGUUCAAGGAUGGCGAGGGUUCCCGGGAGCUCAACGAUGAGGAAGACUGGUCCGGCAACUUCUGCCGCAUGCUUGGCCUACCGGAAAAGGAUUUCGUCGACCUCAUGCGACUCUACAUGGUCCUGCAUGCGGAUCAUGAGAGCGGCAAUGUUUCCGCCCACGCGUGCCACCUGGUUGGGACAGCACUCAGCGAUCCCUUCCUGUCUUUCUCGGCCAGCAUGUGCGGCCUGGCUGGACCACUUCAUGGAUUGGCCAACCAGGAAGUGCUAGUUUGGCUGACAAAGCUUCGGAAGGCUAUUGGCGAUGACCCCUCGGAUGAAGAGCUAAAGAAGUUCAUCGACGAUACGCUAAAAGGAGGACAGGUUAUUCCCGGCUAUGGACAUGCCGUACUCCGAGACACCGAUCCUCGGUUCGUCCUGCAAAAUGAGUUCGCCAUGAAGCACUGCAAGGAUGAUCCGGGCGUAAAGCUUGUGACUCGCAUGUGGAAGAUCAUACCAGAGGUGCUGAAGAAGCUUAACAAGGUGGCGAAUCCGUAUCCAAAUGUCGAUGCCCAUUCCGGCGUCCUGUUGCAACACUACUGUCUGAAGGAGCUGAAUUUCUACACCGUUCUCUUUGGAGUUUCCCGGGCGCUGGGGGUACUGUCGCAGUUGAUUUGGUCCCGGGCCUUGGGGGCACCAAUUGAAAGACCAAAGUCAUUUUCCUCAACGGAGAUCUGCAACUUCAUCAGGGAAGCGGACAAGAAGUCGGGAAAAAAGAACGAAAAAAAGAAGUGCUAAA